ACCCCUCCCAGUCCUCUCCCCUGAAAAAUCCCCCACAUCUGACCGGCCAAAAUAUGGACGGCGAUGGACCGCCGCCGCCGGCCGCAUCGGUGGCGUCGGUGCUCGGCGACGACGACCUCUUCCGCGAGAUCCUCCUCUGCCUCGGCUUCCCCAACCUCCUCGUCCGCGCCGCCCUCGUCUCCAAGCGGUGGCUCCUCCACGCCUCCGAUCCGGUCUUCCUUCGCCGCUUCCGCGAGCGCAACCCGCCCCGCCUGCUCGGAUUCUACGCCGGCUACCCCGGCCGGUAUCAGUUCGUGCCGCUCCCGCAGCCCCCGGAGCUGGCCGCCCUCUCGCGCCGCCCGGCCUCUUCCUGCGACGGCGCCUUCGCCCGCGGAGCCGAGCGACUCAUCCACUGCCGGAACGGCCGCCUCCUCACUGCGUUCCGCAGCCGCUGGCGCCAGCUACGCGGCGGCAGUUUCAAGCACUAUCUCCUGGCGCCGCUGCUCGCCGGGGAGGCCCCAACCGUCCUCCCACCAGCACCGCCGCCCAUCCACGGGCGCGCUCUAGCGAGAUUCACGCAGAUGUUCCUACCCGAGGAUGGGGGCCGCGACGGCAUCACCUUGGUAAAUCUCUUGAUGGUCGGCCGAAAAGUCUAUGCGGAAGUGUACACCCUGGGAUCCGGCGGAUGGGACUUCCCUGGCACCGAGGUGAUAGAGAUAGAGCUCCCGCAUGCGACAACCUUCCUGCAAGAAAUGCUGCCGCCCGUUCAUGGCAAGGCCUUCGUGGUGACCACCUCUGGGUACACCCUGGGUCUUGACUUGGCCACGUCAACCUUCUUCACCCUCGAGCUCCCAGUUGGAGUGUGGCGCAGUUACCUGCUGUCAUCUGCGAAGGAUUCCGGGCUUUAUCUCGUUAGUGCAGACGGAUUUCAGCUCAGCGUGUGGCUCAAUGGGAUGACGGGUGAUGAUUAUGGUGCAGCCGGUUGGUUGCUGGUGGACACAUUUAGUAUCCACGAGGCAUGCACACGUUUUACUGAUCAAAAUCAGACUUCGAUGCCACAAGAUGGUGAUUUUCUUCGUGUUGCUGCAGUUGGGGACAACGCCGAGUUUGUAUUCUUGGAUUAUGCAACAUAUGGUGUUGUCCUUUAUGUUCAUCUGAGGAGCAGAGUGGUUGACAAGGUGUAUGAGCAGGCACCGUAUCAUCAUGGUAAUAUUCAUCCGGGUAUAAGCCGCAUACAUAUCUCUCCCUUUAUGAUGAUGUGGCCACCUGUUUUCCCUGCACUGAACAGAAGACAUGAUCAAGAGCAAUGAUCGCAGUGUGUUUGAUCUUUGUUAUAACGUCGACUUCUAUAAUAGCAAGCUAUGUUUCUCUGGUGAGUUAAAAGAUAUCCUGAUAGGUGGAUACAUGGAAGUUGCUGUGGAAAAGCUUGCUUCAAGGCCAUUACAUCCUCAUAGUUCUCAGCUCGCAUAAUGGGGGUUUGCAGACACUUAGACUGACAGCAUUUCAAUCUGCUCUUUUGUCCUACUGCAUUUCUGUUAAAAGAUAUCCUGAUAGGUGGAUACAUGGAAGUUGCUGUGGAAAAGCUUGCUUCAAGGCCAUUACAUCCUCCUCCGGUUCUCCAUGCAUACUACUCUUGGGUUAGGUCAAUUUAUCAUCUCAUGAGAUUCAGGAAGCAGCAGUCACUGCAGAAUAAAAAAAAAGGGCAACCUGGUGCAUGUAGCUCCCGCUUGCGCAGGGUCCAGGGAAGGGUCCGACCACUUUGGGUCUAUAGUACGCAGCCUUUCCCUACAUUUCUGUAAGAGGCUGUUUUCAGGACUUGAACUCAUGACCUCAUGGUCACAAGGCAGCAGCUUUACCACUGCGCCAAGGAUACCAUUACAAAUUUACAAUGCAUCUGAUAGAACAAUGUCAUGUCGACAUUGCAUAUUUAUUGCUGUUUGCUCCCAUGAAACUGGACGCAGACAAAUUCCACCCAAGAGUAAUAAUGGAAAAUUGAAUUUGCAAUU